AAUAUUUAUAUGUAAGUUAGAAACUGAAAAAGUUAUUCAAUUUUAAAUAUUUACAGAGACACUUUGCUGUUAUAGACCACGGAUAAAUAUUAAAAUAGCGACGAAAACAAAGACGAACAACUAGCGGAACUGAAUUCGUUAGUUCCGCCCGGACCCUUUGGAGUGUUGCAGCGGUGGAACUUCGUGCGGAGCUAACGAGGCUAACGCACGGAGCUAAUGGGGCUAAAAAACUGAAUGAAAUUUCUGCAUUUUUUUUACUAAAAUAAUAAAAAUGGCAGCGAAACGAAAACCCGAGAUCAUCGUCCCGGCGGAGGAGAGCGACCAGCUGCUGAUCCGACCCCUUGGAGCGGGACAAGAAGUGGGGCGUUCGUGCAUCAUCCUGGAGUUUAAAGGACGAAAAAUCAUGUUGGACUGUGGGAUCCACCCGGGCCUGGAGGGGAUGGACGCUCUGCCGUACAUCGACCUGAUCGACCCCGCGGAGGUGGACCUCCUGCUCAUCAGCCAUUUCCACUUGGACCACUGUGGGGCGCUGCCGUGGUUCCUGCAGAAGACGAGUUUCAAAGGUCGAACUUUCAUGACUCACGCGUCCAAGGCCAUUUACCGCUGGCUCCUGUCGGACUACGUCAAAGUCAGUAACAUCUCGGCGGACGACAUGCUGUACACGGAGACGGACCUGGAGGACUCGAUGGAGAAGAUCGAAACGAUAAACUUCCACGAGGUCAAGGAGGUGGCGGGGAUCAAGUUCUGGUGUUACCACGCCGGGCACGUGCUCGGAGCCGCCAUGUUCAUGAUCGAGAUCGCCGGAGUCAAGCUGCUGUACACCGGGGACUUCUCUCGGCAGGAGGACAGACACCUGAUGGCAGCGGAGAUCCCCAGCGUCAAACCAGACAUCCUCAUCACGGAGUCGACUUACGGGACGCACAUCCACGAGAAGCGCGAGGAGCGAGAGGCGCGUUUCUGCAACACCGUCCACGACAUCGUGAACCGCGAAGGCCGCUGCCUCAUCCCCGUGUUCGCCCUGGGGAGAGCCCAGGAACUGCUGCUCAUCCUGGACGAGUACUGGCAGAAUCACCCCGAGCUCCACGACAUCCCGAUCUACUACGCGUCGUCUCUGGCGCGGAAGUGCAUGGCCGUGUACCAGACGUACAUCAACGCCAUGAACGACAAGAUCCGCAAAGCCAUCAACAUCAACAACCCCUUUGUGUUCAAGCACAUCAGCAACCUCAAGAGCAUGGAUCACUUUGACGACAUCGGUCCGAGCGUGGUGAUGGCGUCUCCGGGGAUGAUGCAGAGCGGUUUGUCCCGGGAGCUGUUCGAGUCCUGGUGCACGGACAAGAGGAACGGAGUGAUCAUCGCCGGAUACUGCGUGGAGGGAACGCUCGCCAAGCACAUCAUGACGGAGCCGGACGAGAUCACCACCAUGUCGGGCCAGAAACUUCCUCUCAAAAUGUCUGUGGACUACAUCUCCUUCUCCGCUCACACCGACUACCAACAAACCAGCGAGUUCAUCCGAGCGCUCAAACCUCCACACGUGAUCCUGGUUCACGGGGAGCAGAAUGAAAUGGCUCGCCUCAAAGCAGCUCUGAUCCGUGAGUACGAGGACAACGACGAGGUUCACAUCGAGGUGCACAACCCGCGCAACACGGAGGCCGUCACGCUCUACUUCAGAGGAGAGAAACUCGCCAAGGUCAUGGGGUCGCUGGCGGACAGGAAGUGCGCUCAGGGUCAGAGGGUCUCAGGAAUCCUGGUCAAAAGAAACUUCAACUACCACAUCCUGUCUCCAUCCGACCUGUCCAAUUACACAGACCUGAACAUGGGCACGGUGACUCAGACUCAGGCCAUCCCGUUCACUGGACCCAUCUCGGUUCUGGUCAGUCAGCUGCGGCACCUCUCGGGGGAGGUGGAGCAGGUGGAGGGAGCGGAGAAGAUCACCGUCAAAGUGUUUAAGAGCAUCACUCUGGUGCACGAGGCCGGGAUGGUGCUGCUGCAGUGGACGGCGAAUCCUCUGAACGACAUGUUUGCGGACGCAGUGACCACGGUGAUCCUGGAGGUGCAGUCCAACCCCAACGCCCAGAAAUAUCUGGAGGGACGCAGAGAAACAUCAGACCCAGAGGAUGUUUUUCCAGAGAGACUCGCACUCAUGUUAAAUGACAUGUUUGGCGAGGGCUGUGUCAGUUUCUCUGAGGGAAAACUCAAAGUGACGGUGGAACAGGCCACAGCUGCAGUCGACCCGCGCACCAGGUCUGUCGUUUGUGAAGAAGACGAGACGUUGAGGGAGAUGGUGGAAGUGGCCGUUCACAGAUUGUACGACGCGUUAAACCCCAUUUUCUGAUCUCGACCGACCGCAGCGCCGCCUCCACAGACCCAGAGGACCUCAGACCCUCACAUCCUCCUCAGACCCUCAGACCUUCAGACUCUCGGCCGCUCUGUGACGUGGGCCUCGCCUUCUUUAGUUUGUGUAGAAAAUGUUUAAAUGUGUUUUUCUAUGUUUUGUAAAAAAAAAAAAAAAAUCAUGAAACAUAAACCAGAUCUGACUCCAAA